CGCGUGCCGUGGACAUGGCACCUCCAAUUGCAUUGCUCGACACGGGCGAUUCACCACGUCACUUUUCCAUUUUCCAUCAUGAAGAUCGCGUCUCUGCUGGCACUCACUGGCCUCGGCUACCUCGCCAACCCUGCGUCCGCUGCCAUCUGCGCCGGCGUCACGCCCUACUCGUACCAAGUCGCCGUCCAAACCAACGCCCAAUUUGCACCGGCCAUCAACGAGCUCAAAAAAUACUCGGUCGCAACGUGGUACGUCGACAACGGCGGCAACCCCAUCGAUGCGCUCCUCGCGGCGUGCCCCACCGACACGCCCGUCAUCGUCGUCUACGGGCUACCCCAGAAGGAUUGCGCGGCGGGCUUCUCGGGCGGCGGCAGCAACAGCAACGCCGACCAGUACAAGGCGUGGAUCCAGUCGCUGGCCAACAAGGUCGGCAACCGCAAGGUCAUCUACAUUCUGGAGCCGGACGCCAUUGGUCUUCUCGCCAACAACAAUUGUGCGACGCAGAACGGGUAUCUCGGCAACCUCCAGAACGCGAUGCGGAUUCUGUCGGCCAACGCCAACGCGCAGAUCUACGCUGACGUCGCAUCGUGGGCCAUUCAAGACAAGGCUGUCGCGAUUCUCAAGAGCCUCGGCAAGGUCACGGGUAUUGCCAUCAACACGUCUGGCUAUCACGCAACCGCUGAGAUGAACCAGGUGUGCGAGUCGUACUCGAAGCAGACCGGCGGUCUCCACUGCAUUAUUGACACGUCGCGCAACUUUAACGGGUCGCCGCAAAGCGAAUGGUGCAACGCGCGGUCGGGCGGCAUUGGUGCGCCGCCGACGGCGCAGACCGGCAACCCGCUGGUCGACUACUACCUCUGGAUCAAGGUGCCGGGUGAGUCGGACGGGCAGUGCUACGGCCAGUCGAGCGAUGCGUUGAUCGGGCCUGGCGCCGGUCAGUUCUUUCCCGACGGCUUCAAAUCGCUGUGGGACCAGGGCUACUUUGUCGCGCAUGGGUUUCCCAAGAUCGGCCAGACCACGGCGUCGCCGACCAAGGCACCGUCGACGCCCAAGCCACCGACUCCGGCUCCAACGCCUAAGCCGUGGACACCUGUACCGACGUCUGCUCCGACGCCCAAGCCGUGGACGCCUGCUCCGACGCAAGCUCCUUCAACGCCCAAGCCAUGGACUCAGCCACCCGCGACGCCGUCGUUGCGUCCGACGACGCCUCCCCAGGGAACGAUUCCCUCUUGGGGUCAAUGCGGUGGCAAGGCGUACACGGGUCCCACGACCUGUGUCGCGGGCUGCUACUGCAAGUACCAGAAUGACUGGUACCAUCAGUGCCUCCCCACCAACUAA